GCAAUUAUUCGAAAUGUACGCGCACCCACAUCAGCGAUUGAAACUGUCCGGGGGAGUGUCAUUGGCUAGAAGCACUUUCUUCCUGUUUCACUUCAACGAACGUGGGAGUUAUUCCUUGUAAUUUUGUGAAUGUCGGAGAACAUUAGCUCCACAAAAGUCAUCCAACGAGCUUCUUCUAGCACGCGCUUACGACCCCGGGCUUCGUGUCGAGGUGGGGAGCCCAUCUAAGAGUCGUUGUGUUUCCAGGUGUGGAGCAUGUGGGCGUCCUGCUGUAACUGGUUAUGUUUGGACACUGCCACGGUGGAGGGGAGCAACAGCCGCACGCGUCACCAGGCCUAUACUAACUCAGGCUACAGCAACUACCCGUCGCCCCCACUCCCGGACCACACGUGCAAAGCCUGCGGAAGCCACUUCGUCACCCUAGCCAGAAAGCAUGUCUGCAUGGACUGCAAGAAGAACUACUGCGGCAGGUGUUCGGCCCAGCUUGAGCCCCGUCCACGCCUUUGCCACACCUGCCAGCGGUUCCACGGCACACUCUUCGAUCGCACCGAGCUGAUGAAGCUCAAGGUGAAGGACCUGCGCGACUACCUCCACCGGCACGAGGUCUCAACGCAGAUGUGCCGUGAGAAAGAGGAACUGGUGGAGCUGGUCCUGGGACAGCAGACGCAGUCACCCUCUGGCCCAAUCGUAAACCCUCUGACCCAAACCGCCACCCAGCAUGAGACAACUCCUCCUCCAGCCCCCCCCACCACCACCACACCCUCUACACACCCUGACUCCACAUCCACCUCCACAGACCAUGUCCCUUCACAGCCGCCACCCACUCAGGAGGACAGUCAGACCCUGUCUGUGUUGGUGCCCUCGGGUCUUGAGGAGCCACUGGACACUGAGGGAGACACUGAGUUGCAGGAGCUGCAGUCCUCAGACACAGAGGGGGUGCUGGUGCCAGGCCGCAGGGCGUCGCUGUCCGACCUGGCCAUGGCAGAGGACAUCGAGGCCCUCAGUGUCCGGCAGCUCAAGGAGAUCCUGGCCCGUAACUUUGUCAACUACAAGGGCUGCUGCGAAAAGUGGGAGCUAAUGGAGAGGGUCACCUGCCUCUACCACGACCAGAAGGACCUCCAGAAUCAUCUGGUUUCAAGUACAAAAGACGGCACAGACCCCAGCGGUACCCCUGGCCAGGAGGAAAACCUGUGUAAGAUCUGCAUGGACUCUCCCAUUGACUGUGUCCUGCUGGAGUGUGGCCACAUGGUCACCUGCACCAAGUGUGGCAAGCGGAUGAACGAGUGCCCCGUCUGCAGGCAGUAUGUGGUGCGGGCCGUUCACGUCUUUAGAUCCUGAGACCCAAGCCUUGGGAAUCCCCCCACCUCCCGUAAAUAAACAAGGGGCUAGCUACUUGUGGCCUUACAACCCAUAGACUAGACGAGGGGUAUUAAACUCUUAACCAGCUGGCUCCGGACCCCGUAGGGUUUCUGUUCUACCUGAUACUUAAUUGCACCUACCUGGUGUCCAAGGUCUAAAUCAGUCUGAGAUUUAGAGGGGAACAAUUAAAAAAAAAAAAAAAAGCAGUGGAACUGGCUUUGAGAUCCAGAGUUGAGUUUAAGGGGACUCGACUAAUCACCUCUCCCUCCAGAUCUCCACUGCUCUGAUGGUCCUUGAGACCCUGAGUACUGGUUCCUCCUACUGGAGGGACGAACAGGUGAGGUGAACCUCAUUAUCCCUUUGAUAAACCACACAAACCCAAUGACUGGACAUGGGCACUUCCUACUUUUAUUGACCGGACUCCUAUAGCUCAUAUCUCCAAGCUGAUAAGGAUAUGUCUUAUUAUUAGAAUAAGAGAGUGCCUGUAUUAAACAGGCAAUACCAUAUUUAUUUAUUUUUUCAUUUGGAGACCUGCAUAUAAACACAACAAUUUCAAAGAUUUUGCUGAGUUACAGUUCAUAAAGAAAUUGGUCAACUGAAAUAAAUUCAUUGGGCCCUAAACUAUAGAUUUCAAAUUACUGGAAAGGGGCGCAGCCAUGGGUUGGCAUAGGCCCACCCGAUGGGGAGCAAGGCCUAGCCAAUCAGAAUGAGUUUGUCCCCACAAAGGGCUUUAUUACAGACAGAAAUACUCCUCAAAUGUUAGUGGC